CGACUUGUUCACAGAGACACACGACACAAUGCAGGCUGGUAGAACUAUAACCCAUCCGGGCCGGCCACUACUGAGAUCAAACGACGGUCUUCGAAAGAGCUCUCUACGAAGGGUUUUAAGUGGUUAGAGACUUAGAGUUAUACCAACAUGGCAACAGAUGACUCAAACGCAGAAGCUGCUCCAGCAGCUGUGUCUGCAGGCAGUGAGACUGAUACCCAUGCUACUAAUGCCAGCCAGAAACUUGGACUAGUUUACCGCUGCAAGAAGUGCCGCAGGAUUGUUGCAUCCGACGACAACAUAGUACUUCAUGAGCGUGGGAAGGGCCAAGAAUCAUUCAAAUGGAAAAAGAGAAGUGGCGGCGCCAUUGAGAAGACACCAACUGCUGUUGAGUGCUCCUCCAUUUUUGUUGAGCCAAUGAAGUGGAUGCAAACAGUGCAGGAAGGCUUUGUGGGGGAGAAACUUCUAUGCAUGGGAUGCAAUGCGAGGCUGGGUUCAUUCAACUGGGCAGGGAUGCAGUGCAAUUGUGGGGCUUGGGUUAAUCCUGCUUUUCAACUACACAAAAGUAGAUUAGAUGAGUGCCCCAUAUGACUGAAUCGUGGGAGUUAUGUAUAGCUAUAGGUAUGGCGGCUGUGGAAGUGAGAAGUAGUUGUGGUUUGCAGGUUAAUACUUAAUAGUAGUUUGCCUUGCUGCUGAUGUCUUGUUUGAUGGCUAAAUGAGAAGACAUUCUACCAUCACCAAUUUUGUAUCCACAAUCGGAUGUUGGGGCCAUGGCCCUCGUGGAAAUGUGGUUGAUAAGGUGGCUGCUCUGAUUCUUCUCGGCUAUAUGGAUGUCUUUAUAUUUUCUUAUAAAUAGUUAUUGUGGA